CCCGCGAGCGGGCGCGACGGUUUCUCGCGUUGCCGUGGAAACCACCCGCCAGCUUGGCUCCGGAGGGCAAGACGCGCCAAUUCAAGAUGGCGAAGGACCUGGAUGAACUCCUGGAUGAGGUCGAGACCAAAUUCUGCAGGCUCGACCCCCGGCGGCUGGGCCUGGGCGAGCGGCCCAAAGGCGGCGGCGGCGGCGGCGGCGGCGGCACCCACGGCGGCGACCGGAGCCGAGCCCAGGAGAAAGAGAACCUCAGGUCAACAGAAACCUGUAAAAAGGAAGAUGACCUUGACAGUCUUAUUGAUGAGAUAUUUGAGGAGCCUAACUUCAACCAAAAAUCUUUUCAAAAAUUUAAAUCUAAAUCUUCAAGUAACACAUCUGUCAGAACUUCCAUUCAAGGCCUCAGUAAAAGUUGCAGUCCAGUGUAUCUCAGUGGAAGCGCCAUUCCAUGUGGGAUUGGAACAAAUACUUCACAGAGAGCAUGUGACCGACUACGUUGUAUAGCCUGUGAUUUCCGGAUAGUGAGCUACAAUGACUAUAUGUGGGACAAGUCAUGUGAUUACCUGUUCUUCAGAAACAACAUGCCGGAAUUCCACAAACUAAAAGCAAAGUUGAUCCAGAAGAAAGGAGCACGGGCGUAUGCCUGCCAGUGUAGCUGGAGAACGGUUGAAGAACUGACUGACCUGCAGGCAGAUCAUCAGCUUCGCUGGGUUUGUGGUAAACACUGAGAAUGCAGAGCACGCACCUUCUAAGCAGCACCUAUGAGAGCAAGCCCCAUUACCACGCUUGGGUGUCAGUAGCUGGACUGUGCCCUUGGGAAAAAGGCAAUGAGUUGUAUAACUACACAAAUUGUCGGAGACCAAAUGGACUGACUCUGCAAAGGUGCUCUUUGGACAUGGGCAUUUCACCCAGUAGGAAUGUCUGAAUUUACUAGCCUAUCUCUAGUUAGGGAUUGAAAUUGUGGUGUUUAUGCAGGCUUACAGCCUUUCUGUAGCAACUGUAGCUCUGACUGCUAAAGCUCUCACAUACUCCUCGUGUGUCACCAUGAACAAGCACCCAGCUGCCAGGGCAGAGAGGUCAUUGGAUGUAAGUGUUCAUGGUUCCUGCUCUGAUCCGUGGUUACCAGAGACCACAAGUUAAACAUGAGAUAACCAUCAUGAACUGGAGGGUUGUCAAGAGUACAGUGCAUUGUAAACUCUGCCUAUAUGUAUCACAUCUUGUCUCACCCACGCAGUUCAGGAUUGUGCACAAUAAUAAUAGUAAUAGUAAUGUUACCAUGUUUAGCAUACUCCCCUCCUUUGCUUAUUGAAAUAUCAAAAGUUAGUUUUCUAUUAGCAAAUAUCUAUUUAUAUAUAAAAGGUUUUUGAUGUAACUAAAAUUACUAAAGUCCUUCAAAUAAGUAGGACUAUUGUUGGAUUUUAAGUAUACUUCCUAAUUCCUUCAAAUGAGCAGCAACCUUUUCAGGCAACCUGUGGACUUUCUAGCAUUAUCAGGCUGAUCCAUCAUUUAUUGAGGCAUAGCUAACCAGUGGGUAGCCUGUUGGGCUCCUGCCUGUUAUCACUGAGAUGGAGAAACUGUAUCAUAGUGUAACAUGUUCAAGAAAUGCAUUGUCUCUGUUUCAACUCCCAGCCCCAUAGGUAUUUCAGGACCUUUCUAGUCUGCCAAAAUUCUCCUCUGUGCAUCUCCUUCCCGUGUGUCUAUAUUCUUCAGUUUAAGUGUGUGACACAGGGCACUCAGAAAGGAUGUACAGUUUAGCACAGAUAUGGUCUGCUUGGUUUUAUGUUAACUCCAUUCCAGCUACCUAACAUCACUCUGAUCUCCAAAAGCCUUUUCCCAGGCUGGGGGUCUGGCUCAGUGUAGAGGGCUUACAUAGCAUGUGCAGGGUCCUAAAUUCAUUCCGGCAGUACAAAACACGAGAACAAAAGAUAGAAAAGCAGGCUUUUCAUGACCAUGACACACUUAUGUCCUUGUAAAACUUUGAUCGCAACAAAAGAAAUCUCUAAGUGGCUGAUGCUCACAUUUUUGUAUUAAGAUAUAUUUACAAAUGUUAUCUUUCAAUAAAUCUUUUUACUCAAAAUUAUGUUUGUAUAGUUGUGUAAUAAACAUGGAAAAUUUUUAUUGAAAACAUGUAUUCCCCAAAAAAUAACAGAGCAGCAGCAUGCACAUACAUACCCAGAAACUCAUGAAGGUUGAGUGCCUUGGUGCACACUUGAACUCCCAGCACCUAAAAGAAUGAGGAAAGAGGAUUGGGCUACAAAGUGAGACCCCGUAUCAAAAUAAAAAGGGGGAGAGAGGAAGCCUGCCGGUUAAUCUGGUGAGCUGUAAUGAUCUUUUCUUUUCACUCUGGUAUGUACAUUUACUGAAGCAAUGAUUUGAAUGUGUUUUUAGAGCUGGGCCACUCAGGGCUUUAUCCCAGCACUCAGAAGGCAGAGGCAGGUCUCUGAGUUUAAGGCCAGCCUGGUCUAGAGUGAAAAGGGCGGGGAGGAGGUAUCUUUAAUCUAUUUUGCCUCUAAAAGGACAAACUUUUCCAUUUUUAUUUUUCCUUUUAUUUCAUUAUAAAUAUCUAGAAAAUUGAACACAUCACCCACCUCCAUUGUAGGAGAUAACCAGCUGCUACAGGUUGUCCUCUGACCUGCACACACACAUGAUGGCAAGCAUGCACACACACACGUGUGUGCACACACAAACAAACAAAUGCAAUGUUUUUGAAUGCUCUGAUUAGAUUUAAAAGGUUUAAAAAAGAUUGCAUGUGUGUGUGUGUGUGUGUGUGUGUGUGCACAAGUGCAUGAUCAUUAAGUUUCCCUUCCCUAAAGUGCUCAGUAAUGACUAACUGAAGUAUUCCAGAACCAGAGUUGAGACUCAUGUUCCCACAUUCCCACAGAGCUAUUGAGUUUGAGGUUCAUGUGGGCGGUCUAUGUGAAUAGUGGCAUCUCUCCUGUAAGCUUGCUGCUAGGACUAAGUCAUGGAAUGUGAGAAGUGAUGAUCACGGUGUUUGGUUACACCAUUCUGUUUCCUUCUGAAGUAAAUUCCAUCUGUUGAAGUCAUGGUGCAUCUUGUUCAUUCCAGCAGGUCUUAGACUGGGGUGUGUUUGCUCCUUAAAAGAAAAAUCAGCGCUGCUGUUUUUUAUUUCAUCACUAAUAAAUUUAAACAUGGCCACCUUAACUUUA